AUGGCCAAUGUGUCAAUUAAUCCUAAGGAUAUCUGCUCAGAAAAAAGUCCUGCUGGGCAUUACUCCCAGGAGGCAACCUCUCCCCUUUCUUGCGACCAAAGCGCGGGUGGGGAGGGUGUGUGGAGAGAGAAUCACCCUGCUCUUGAAUGCUCAGAUGGCAGCAUUCAAAGGGGGGCGGGCGAGAGGCGAGAGCGAGCGAGCGGGGAAUACUGGAAACACGAAGGUGGUGUCAAGAUUCCGCCCUUGGGAGCGCGGCAUUCCGACGCGACGGUCCUGCCGGAUUCCUGGCGAGGACCCAGCCGUGCGUCUCGCGGAGCGCAGGGCGUGAGCGCAAAGAGGCGCUCCCUUCUUUUGGAUGGCGGGCGGGCGGGCGGCUGGCUCCCCUUUGCAAAUGUGCCCGGCGGAAUUGCACCAUCGGAGCGGGCUCCCUGCAGGGGGUGGGGACCCGAGGGCGCUUCCUUAAACAGGCACCAGAAGGAGCGGGCGGAGGCAGGCCAGGCACGCCGCGAUCCUCCUUCCUCCUGGGCGGCUGCCGUCGCUGCUGCUGCUGCUGGAUUUGCUGCUGUCGCUGCUGCCGUCGCCCAGCCCUGCCCAGCCCAGCCCAGCUGCAGCUCGGGCUUCUCUGCAUGUGUCAUCGAACACGUGGGGCUCUUUUUGCGCCGCGGAAACUUUCGAGGGAUACUUGCUUCCAACUUGGACUCGCGCACGGGCGACAUCGGAAUGGGGAGGCGCGGGAGAGAGAGAGAGCUCUUAGAUCUACUGCACCGAUCCAGACGCCUCUUUCCUGGACGUGAUCGCCUCGCUGCCUUCCCUUUCUGCUGGCGCUUGGAAUUGCGCUCCUGCGUCGUGAAACCACGUCUGGACGCGCCAACCCGCUUCUUCCUCCCUUGCCCUCUUCUUCACGUGUGGGAAAUGUGGCAUGCGUGUCUUUGGAAGGAAUGGGCUCUGGGUGUUGGGGUUUUGCUGCUGUUGUGUGUUUUUUUAGCCCAAGUGGCGAACCUCCGCCCUCCCUGCACCUCCCUCCCUUAGUUCCUUCCUGGGUCCGCUUCACAGUUUCGAGAAGAUCUGGAAGGCCAUGCUAUUGACGGCCAGGAGAUCCACUUGGGUUUGCUUCCACCACCCCCGGACCUAAGGGCUCAUGAAACACGGCUGUCAAUCUGGGAGACUGUACGGAGCGUCGUAUCUCGCCUCCAUGCCAGAGAAGUUACACUGCAUGCGAGAUGGUCUUUUUUGUAUGCCAUUGAAUGUAUAUUGGGCUUUAAUGUCUGAAAACUGUGUUUGGGUCCUGCAGUUAGUUGCAAUGAGGGCAUAUCUGUAACAGAACGAAUCCCGUUCUUCGUGGCUCAUUCAUCAUUUAGCUGGCUGUUAGCUGGAGAUGGGGUAUUCCGAUUUCUGUUGCCAGCUGACAGAUCAAAGCAGCUCUAUCCCAGAGGCAUAACGACAGAACACCUCAGAACAGGUACUUUAGAUUAGCCUAGAAAGCACUGCUGUCAUUGGCCACCAUCACGAACUGUUUGUGUAUCAUCUGAUCAGAGAAGCUGCAAGGCUGUUCAGGUUUUUAUUUGGGAGAGGCGUAUGGGAGGGAGUACCCCACCAUUCCUACACAACUGAUCUGGGGACGCGGGUGGUGCUGUGGUCUAAACCACUGAGCCUCUUCGGCUUGCCGAUCUGAAGGUUGGCAGUUCGAAUCCCCGCGACAGAGUGAGUUCCUGUUGCUCUGGUCCGGCUCCUGCCAACCUAGCAGUUUGAAAGCACACCAGUGCAAGUAGAUAAAUAGGUACCGCUGUGGCGGGAAAGUAAAUGGCAUUUCCAUGUGUUCUGGCUUCUGUUAUGGUGUCCUGUUGCACCAGAAGCGGUUUAGUCAUGCUGGCCACAUGACCCGGAAUGCUGUCCGUGGACAAACGCCGGCUCCCUCGGCCUGAAAGCGAGAUGAGCAUCACAACCCCAUAGUCGCAUUUGACUGGACCUAAGCAUCCAGGGUUCCUUUACCUUUACUAUAUCUGAUUGUCUGAUAGGGCCAGACAUGUGCAGCCCGGGCUGCUGGAAAGGGACUUGAGAACCACUUAUGCAACAUGACUCCCUAUCGACUCAGGACACAUGUGCAGAAACCGACUUCCUUGCAUGUCUGACCACUAGACAUAACAGGGCAAUAACGUUGGCAAUUGCCAUGUGCCAAAUGGCUUGAAAGUACAGCUGACAAAAUAACUCUUUACUUUUUAUUUAAAAUAAAUUUUAUUUAUGUA